AUGUCAGUUUUCACCCCUAAUAGCGGGUUUGGCAACAGCGGUAGCUUUGAAGAGAGUAAGGGUUGGAGCGUUGGUGUUAGAGAAAUCCAGAGGGUUAAGAGCAACAGAGUAGUACAUCGUAAAGCCUUACUGGAAGCUCUGGCAGAAGAAGUGCCAAUUGACUCCAUCCGUUUCUCUUCUAAGCUCAAGUCCAUUGAAAACCAAACACAAGAAGGCUCAUCCUUUGCUAUCAUUCAUAUGGACGAUGGAGCUAGCAUCAAAGCAAAGGCUCUUAUAGGGUGUGAUGGGGUACACUCGUUUGUGGCACGUUGGUUAGGACUCGCUGCGCCAGUCAACUCCGGCCGAUGGGCAGUGCGUGGAUUGGCCAUAUUUCCCGAUGGCCAUGGAUUGAACCAUGAAAUACAACAAUUUGUAACAAUCGGCAAAAGGGCUGCUGUCGCUCCUCUCAAUGAUAACGAGAUCUACUGGUUUCUCGUCUGCAAAUUUUCCUCAAAAGGAGAAGAUCACAUCGCACAUGACCCCGAGAUGAUAAAAAGAGAAGUUACUGACAAUCUUGCCAAGGAUUUUCCCCCAUUGUACUUAAGGGUUGUACAGCAUUCAGAUCUCUCUACUCUUACAUGGGCUCCACUGAUGUUUAGGUUUCCAUGGGACUUGAUAUUCGGAAACUUGAGCAAAGGGAAUGUUACAGUCGCAGGUGAUGCCAUGCAUCCUAUGACACCAGAACUCGGACAAGGUGGUUGCGCUGCAUUGGAAGAUGCCGUUGUUUUAGGCAGACACAUUGGAAACUUAAUUAUCCAAAACAAAAGACUUGUUGCUGGAGAUCCGUUGGCUGGAGCCUUGGAAAGAUAUACCAAGGAGAGGAGCUGGCGUGCCGCUACCUUGAUCACGGGCUCGUAUCUAUCAGGGUGGGUACAACAAGAUGGAUCUGGAUGGUGGAUGAAAUUCUUGAGGGAUGUGAUUUUCUUUAGGCUUCUCUUCACGAGAAUAUUUAAUUUUAUACAGUAUGAUUGUGGUGAGCUGCCCUGUGUUUCAUCAAACAGUCUUGAAUUGGAGAACCGAAGUAAGAUUGAGUAGACAGAAUCCCAGCUCUAGUGAAUUUGAGUCGGUAUCCCCUUUGAUCCUUCAUAUAAAUAUCCCCUUUUGUUCC